AUGAGUCAAAGCAAUAUAACACAAAGAAUUCCCACAGAAAAAAAGCAAGAGACGAAGGAGAUUAAAGAGAAUAUAAUCCAUGACAGAAUUAUUGGUCGCAUUUUCAAGGCUCCCGGUUACUUAUAAGAUCAAUCUAUUAAACAUGGCUACAGAAUAAACUUCAAAAACAAGAAGGACGUUAUAAAGAGCAAGUUCAUGUGGCAUAAUGAAUUGGUCAAUAUUUGGACAUAUCUAAUAGGUGCUAUAAUAGAAAUUGUAUAUUUCUUUUUUGUAUCAUCAUUGUCUCGCUAAUAUUCUAUCUAUGGCUAAAUUAUGAGGAACUCUUUCGUCAUAGAGCCAAUCAGACUUUCAAUGGUACAUGAAACAACCAUUUAUGUAGAAUUAUUACACAACAUUUAUGAACAUGCUUUCACUCUUGAAUAAAAAAUCUAACAAUAAUUAGGACGAUGUUUAAUUGAUGUAGCAACAACUGCAUGA